AUGCAUACAAGCUCUUUGAAAGAAUAUUGUUUAUUAGAAGCUCUGAGAUUGUACAUUGAAAAAGGCGCGGCUUGCGUAAUGUGCGUUACACCGCGUGUUUUUUCUCGUUCUGUGGUUAAUUCAAGAGAGCUUUUGAAACAUAGAGUAUUGAAGCUGGUAUCUAGGCGAAGUGAUCCGGUCGAGACCAUCGUGUUCACGUUAACUGUAGUCGUACAACGCUUUUAUGGCGUUCAGUCAUUUGGGUUUGAUUAA